AUGAUCAAAAUUCUAGAGGAUCAUGAGUUCUUGUUAGCCCAGCGUGAGAAAGGACCUAAAGGGUCAAUGGUAGGUGUGAAUGCAAAAUUAGCUGCGAAGGAGAAACGAUCAGCACGAAGACAGGAACAGAUGAUUAACAGAAAACGUGGAAUGGAAGACUUGAAGAGAAGUGGGGAAGAAAUAGCAGAACUGAUAUCCUCAAGCAGCAGCGGAGAUACUGAAGAAGAUGCAAGCUGUAAGGGAGACAGAGUAACUAGUGAGAGAGCAGUUGGAAGCAGAUUAACCAGACAGCAAAAAAGAGAUACUCUCUGCCUCUACCAAAAAGUUGCAUUGAAUCGUUUGCUAAAGAAAAACAAGGGGCGACAAUCUGUAACACAGCAAACAAAUGAGGCUGAAUUUGUUAGUAAACUAGAUGAAUUUUUUGGCAUUUCUCAUCUUAGAGCAGUCGAAAUGAUCAAAAUUCUAGAGGAUCAUGAGUUCUUGUUAGCCCAGCGUGAGAAAGGACCUAAAGGGUCAAUGGUAGGUGUGAAUGCAAAAUUAGCUGCGAAGGAGAAACGAUCAGCACGAAGACAGGAACAGAUGAUUAACAGAAAACGUGGAAUGGAAGACUUGAAGAGAAGUGGGGAAGAAAUAGCAGAACUGAUAUCCUCAAGCAGCAGCGGAGAUACUGAAGAAGAUGCAAGCUGUAAGGGAGACAGAGUAACUAGUGAGAGAGCAGUUGGAAGCAGAUUAACCAGACAGCAAAAAAGAGAUACUCUCUGCCUCUACCAAAAAGUUGCAUUGAAUAGUCUCCCCGACUAUUUAAUUUGUCUGCAAUUGUCCAAAAAGGGAAACAAGUCUGGCUUACCAAAACAGGUCUUAAGACUCUACAACAAGGCUGAAACAUUUCUAUGUGAAGAACAAUUUGGAUUCAGAAAAGGAAAAGGAACAAGGGAUGCCAUUGGCCUCUUGAGAACAAUCUGUGAAAGAAACAUUUGCUUUAUUGACAUGGAAAAGGCUUUUGAUAUGGUUAACUGGACAAAGCUAAUGGAAAUCUUAAGAAAAAUAGGAACAGAUUGGAAAGAUAGAAGACUCAUUGCUUCACUUUAUAUGAAUCAAUCUGCCAUUAUCCGAACAAAAACUGGAGAAAGCAAACCAUGCAGUAUUGGAAAAGGAGAAUUAAUGAAUGAAGCCAUAAGUGAGGACAGUCUCGGAAUUAAAAUUGGAGGCCAAUUAAUACAAAGUAUUAGGUUUGCAGAUGAUAUUGCUUUACUUGCACCAAAUGAACAAACUCUACAAUGUUUGGUAACAAAACUCAACAAAACUUGCAAAAAAUUUAGAAUGAAAGUUAACACAGCUAAAUCAAAAGUGAUGAAAGUUGGAAGGCUAAUUAGCAAAGAUUUGAAAAUCCUAAUUGAUGAAAACAAAAUAGAGCAAGUUCAACAUUUUAGGUAUCUUGACAGCAUUAAUCAGGGAGAUGGCAGAUGUGAAAAAGAAAUCAAAGAACGAAUCAGGGCUGGAAAAAUGGCUUUUUAUAAUUAA